ACUUCGUUUGAAAGUCGUUAAAUGCUGUAAACGUUGCAAUAGUUUGCAAUAAAAAAAUAAGGUGAAAUAUUCUAAACCUCGUGACACAUAGGUUACAUAUAAGAUUAAUAAAUGUUUCAAUAAAAAAACUAAAAAGAAACACGCGCGGCUACUGACCCGCAGAAUUUUUAUUAAAUACUGUGCUAAAUCUAACAAAAUUCCGCCUUACAAGAUGGAUGAUUUUCUUAAAAUAGAAAAAAUUGGCGAAGGCACUUACGGAGUAGUGUAUAAAGGAAAAAAUAAAAUAACUGGACAGUUUGUUGCUAUGAAGAAAAUUAGAUUGGAAUCUGAAGAUGAAGGCAUUCCCUCGACAGCUAUACGAGAAAUUUCCCUGCUCAAGGAAUUAAAUCACCCAAAUAUUGUAAAGCUGGAAGACGUGCUUAUGGAGGAAUCACGCCUUUAUCUUAUAUUUGAGUUUUUAUCAAUGGAUUUAAAGAAAUACAUGGAUUCUCUAGGGUCAGGCAAGUUCAUGGACCCCACGGUGGUGAAAAGUUACCUGUACCAGAUAAAUAAUGCCAUCUUGUACUGCCAUCAACGCCGCAUACUACACAGAGACUUGAAGCCUCAGAAUCUUCUUAUAGACAAAACUGGUAUUAUAAAGGUGGCAGACUUUGGUCUUGGACGGGCAUUUGGUGUACCAGUAAGGGUGUACACUCAUGAAGUGGUAACUCUUUGGUACAGAGCACCUGAAGUUCUGCUUGGCAGUCAAAGGUAUUCAUGUCCAAUAGACAUGUGGUCAGUGGGAUGUAUUUUCUCAGAAAUGUCCUCCAAGAAGCCCUUAUUUCAAGGGGAUUCAGAAAUUGAUCAACUCUUCCGUAUAUUCAGGAUGUUAAGAACGCCUACUGAAGACAUUUGGCCAGGUGUAUCUUCACUACCAGACUACAAACCCACAUUCCCUAACUGGACUACUUUUAAUCUUUAUAACCAUGUGCAAAAUCUAGACGAGAGUGGUAUGGAGCUCCUUCAAAAGAUGCUCGUGUACGACCCUGUGUGUCGCAUCAGUGCGAAGGAAGUGCGCAGACACCGCUACUUCCGGGACGUGAAGUUGCCGCCCGGACUAGCCUCACACGCGCCCUACAUACGAUACACUGGAGACGGCUCACCGCGCACCGACAAUACAGUGCAGAGUGUCUAACAUGCAUAAUGUAUAUUGUAAUACCUAAAAACAAAAGUGAUAGUGUGUAUUGCAAAUAUCUUUUACACAACCAAACAAUGAAAGGUUUUGCUUUUACUGGUAACGGCAUGCCAUAGAGCUAUCCUACAGUCUUAUGGUCAAUUGAUGAUGUUGCCGAGUAUUAAUUCUAACAAGGUCUUGAGUUAAUAACUAAUAGAGACAGAUUCAGUAGCCUGCUACUGCUACAGCACUGAGUUACAUUAGGUUAAAGCUGUGUUCCCGAAUGGACCUAUAAAAUAUCUUUGUAGAAAGGGAGGCUAAGUACAAUCUGCUGUGUGGAUUGUUAGUUGGGCCUCAUGUUACAAUAUGUUAACCUAUGAAGAUUGUUGAAAGAGCAUUGAAAAUAUUGUCUAUUUAUUAAAACUGGAAUACAAUUUAUAUAUGAAAGUUUAGGUCCUGACUGAUUGAUUAUCAACGCACAACUGAAAAUAUAAGGAAUAGAGAAUUCAAAUUCAGAAAUUCAUUACUAAUGCUCUCCAUUUGUAAUGUAUAAGUGCACUAAAGGUGGAUUUCGCAUCUCCAGUCUUCUACUUAAUACAAAUACUCUCUAGUGUCUAAUAUGAUACUCUGAGUGUUUUUCUUAUUAAGCACAUGAGAAAAAAUACACAUAAUACAUAUGAAAUGGGAAAAACUAAUAUAUAUUUUUAACCUCGACACAUUUAAUAAAAUAAAUUUAUUGAUUGUGAUAUCACAAUUAAAAUAAAAUAGUUUGUGGAGUUUAAAGAAUUUUUAAAACAAAGCGUGACGAGCGUAAAAAGUAUCGAAAAUGCUUAACUUUUAUAUGACAUAUUUUAAUAAUUACCCCCAUUAAAGUUUUAAUUUGUAAACAACAAUAAAAUAUUCUUUAAACUAUUUUUAAUUAUAUAUACAUAUAUAUUUUGUGGAGAGCCAUUUAUGACCACUGGCCUCGGGGGAAAAAAAAAAAAAUAUUAAUUCUGAUAUUGGAUAACUUUACCUGCCCCCAGUUUAUACAUUCUUAUUUUAACAUACAUUGUCAGUUUAUAAUUUUUAAAUAUAUUCGGAUGAUAUUUUAUAGGGUCAAAUUAUGUUA